CAGGAAUGCGAUUACGUGAACAUCGAGGACGCAAGUGUGGACGAGGCGCUCGGUGAUAUGUCAUCUUCCUACACGACGAUUGGAACUGAUACGCCAAGCACGUCAGCAGCAUGUUCGACGAGUUCAUUGCUCAGUGAAGCACGUAGCGGGGUGGACUGGAUGAGGAAGCUGGCCGCCAAAUAUCAACAUAUCAGGGGCACAUAUAAUUCCUAUCGGAAUAAUUGCACUGUAGAGAAAAUGUCAAGACUAGUACUGAAUGAGCAGUUGGGAGCGAAGCGACAUGCUGUUCAAUUUUUUAACUACGGCGUCAAUAGGCUACUGGAUGAGUUCUAA